UCCCUGCCUUAGAGAGCUGCGAGCCCAGAAGCGGGGAGAAGUUGGAGAGGUCGGGAGGGGAGGGUAGGAAGAAUUUGAAGCCAGACCCCCCGCCCUGGUCAGCUGAGCCCCCGAGGAGCGUCUCUGCAGUGUCCAGGCCGAGUGUGGACGCGCCGUGCGCGGCCCCGCCAGGGCUGAGAGUUUGCAGACCGUCCCUGCCGCGGCCCGCUCGGCGGCGGCCCUGCGGCUCCCGCGGCUGCCGCGGCGGCCCCGGGCUCGAUCCAGCCCAGGUAGCCCCGCCGCAGGCUCGGGGUGCCGCGACCCCGUGCCCCGCGGAGCUUGGGUCCCCCCGGGGACGGCAGCUGGCAGGCACUCCCGGCUGUUGCUGCUGCUGCUCCUCAACAAGGAGGAGUGAUUACUGCUCUGUAGUAGACAUUGGAGGCGGAUCCAUCAGGCCAUCAGGAUGGAAACGAGGAAAGGAAAUCGGCUGACGCAGGAGCCCGAGUGAGAGGGAGAAACCCACAAGCCCAGCCUACACCAUGAACUCGUGUCUCCUUUCCACACUGUAAGAGCCCGGGGCAGGUGAAGUUGCCAGAGAGCAAUGGCUCUCUUUACUCCGUGGAAGCUGUCCUCUCAGAAGCUGGGCUUUUUCCUCGUGACUUUUGGCUUUAUUUGGGGUAUGAUGCUCUUGCAUUUUACCAUCCAGCAGAGAACUCAGCCCGAGAGCAGCUCCAUGCUUCGGGAACAGAUCCUGGACCUCAGCAAGAGGUACAUCAAGGCGCUGGCAGAAGAAAACAGAAAUGUGGUGGAUGGGCCCUACGCGGGGGUCAUGACAGCUUACGAUUUGAAGAAGACUCUUGCUGUGUUGUUGGAUAACAUUUUGCAGCGCAUUGGCAAGUUAGAGUCAAAGGUGGACAACCUUGUAAUCAAUGGCACAGGGACGAACUUGACCAACUCCACCACAGCUGUUCCCAGCUUGGUAGCACUUGAGAAAAUUAAUGUGGCAGAUAUCAUUAAUGGAGCUCAAGAAAAAUGCGUAUUGCCUCCUAUGGAUGGCUACCCCCACUGCGAGGGGAAAAUUAAGUGGAUGAAAGAUAUGUGGCGCUCGGAUCCCUGCUACGCAGAAUACGGAGUGGAUGGGUCCACCUGCUCUUUUUUUAUUUACCUCAGUGAGGUUGAAAAUUGGUGUCCUCAUUUACCUUGGAGAGCAAAAAAUCCCUACGAAGAAGCUGAUCGUAAUUCAUUGGCAGAGAUUCGUACAGAUUUUAAUAUUCUCUACAGUAUGAUGAAAAAGCAUGAAGAAUUCCGAUGGAUGAGGCUACGGAUCCGGCGAAUGGCUGAUGCGUGGAUCCAGGCAAUCAGGUCCUUGGCAGAGAAGCAGAAUCUUGAAAAGAGAAAGCGGAAGAAAGUCCUUGUUCACCUGGGCCUCCUGACUAAGGAAUCUGGAUUUAAGAUUGCAGAGACAGCUUUCAGUGGUGGCCCUCUUGGUGAAUUAGUUCAGUGGAGUGAUUUAAUUACAUCUCUGUACUUACUGGGCCAUGACAUUAGGAUUUCAGCUUCACUGGCGGAGCUCAAGGAAAUAAUGAAGAAGGUUGUAGGAAACCGAUCUGGCUGCCCAACUGUAGGAGACAGAAUUGUUGAGCUUAUUUAUAUUGAUAUUGUAGGACUCGCUCAAUUCAAGAAAACUCUUGGACCAUCCUGGGUUCAUUACCAGUGCAUGCUGCGUGUCCUGGACUCAUUCGGCACCGAACCAGAGUUCAACCACGCCAACUAUGCCCAGCUGAAAGGCCACAAAACCCCCUGGGGCAAGUGGAAUCUGAACCCGCAGCAGUUUUACACCAUGUUCCCUCACACCCCAGACAACAGCUUCCUGGGGUUCGUGGUCGAGCAGCACCUGAACUCCAGCGAUAUCCACCACAUUAACGAAAUCAAGAGGCAGAACCAGUCCCUUGUGUACGGCAAAGUGGAUAGCUUCUGGAAGAAUAAGAAGCUCUACUUGGACAUCAUUCACACAUACAUGGAAGUGCAUGCGACUGUUUACGGCUCCAGCACAAAGAACAUUCCCAGUUACGUGAAAAACCACGGGAUCCUCAGUGGACGGGACUUGCAGUUUCUUCUCCGAGAAACCAAGCUGUUUGUUGGACUUGGGUUCCCUUAUGAAGGCCCGGCUCCCUUGGAGGCCAUCGCAAAUGGAUGUGCUUUUCUGAAUCCCAAGUUCAACCCACCCAAAAGCAGCAAAAACACAGACUUUUUCAUUGGCAAGCCAACUCUGAGAGAGCUGACCUCCCAGCAUCCUUAUGCCGAAGUUUUCAUCGGCCAGCCACACGUCUGGACUGUUGACCUCGACAAUCAGGAGGGGGUGGAGGACGCCGUGAAAGCAAUUUUAAGUCAGAAGAUUGAGCCGUACAUGCCGUAUGAAUUCACGUGCGAGGGGAUGCUACAGAGAAUCAACGCUUUCAUCGAGAAACAGGACUUCUGCCAUGGGCAAGUGAUGUGGCCGCCCCUGAGUGCCCUGCAGGUAAAGCUUGCUGAGCCCGGGCAGUCCUGCAAGCAGGUGUGUCAGGAGAAACAGCUCAUCUGUGAGCCUUCCUUCUUCCAGCAUCUCAACAAGGACAAGGACUUGCUGAAGUACGAGGUGACCUGCCAAAGCUCAGAGAUGGCCAAGGACAUCGUGGUGCCCUCCUUCGACCCCAAGAACAAGCACUGUGUGUUUCAAGGUGACCUCCUGCUGUUCAGCUGUGCUGGCGCCCACCCCAGGCACCGGAGGAUCUGCCCCUGCCGGGACUUCAUCAAGGGCCAGGUGGCUCUCUGUAAAGACUGUCUCUAGCAGCCACCGGCUCGUCCCCGCACGCACUCUCCUGGGGAAGACGGUGGGCAGAAAUCAUUCGGGGACUUUCGCCAGAGCCUGAACUCUUUUGGCGGGAGGUCUCGAUUUGGUAUUGCUCCCGCUGCGGUCGGAGGAUCACAGCGGAGUUCUCACCAAAACAAAACGAGAGUCGACGUCAGGCCGGGGAGCCUGGCUUCUCCCUGGCACAAAUUCAUUUUUAAUCUUGGAGGAGCUACUGUAGGGAGACUGUCUAUGCAGCUGCUCCAGGGUAGAAAGAGAAUCUCAAGAUUCAUUUAAAUGAAACAAAACCAGAGGAGGAAUUGAGCUAGUUGGAAAGGACUUCGUAUGGGAACAUUCCUAAACCCAUUAACUUAUUUAUUUGGGAGGGAGGGAGGGGGAGCUAGGGAGGGCAGAGAGGGAUUGAUCACGUGUCUUGUAACUUCUUCGAUCUUCCUCUGUUGGCCGUCCACCUUCACUAUAAUAUUACUACUGUCUGCUUUGGGCAGGGUGCCCUGUGGGGUUGGUGGCAUGCUUAAGGGCAGCUAUGGGGACCUAGCUCCUCGAAGUGGAUGGUGGCAGAACAGAACAGAUCUUGUGUGCUUGCCACACGGCAGCUAGGGCAUGGGCAGCCCCUGGCGUGCGGGGAUAUGCCUGUGUGGUCCAGAGAGCCACGGGGACCAAAGAUGGGCUGCUUUGCAGCGAGAGGCUCCUUUCCUCUGUCCCACCCCAUCCCCAGCCGAAAACACACUCGCACCCAAACCCACACCCACAUACAACCUUGACUGUCAUUUCUGGUUCGGAUUAGAAGAGCUACCCUUGGAGCUCUUGGAGGCCGUGCUCUUUGCCCCUUCAGAGAUUUGUCUUCGAGCUGAGAUUUGGACGGGAGUGAAGCUGGUCUUAGGGACCACCAGAGCCGGGUUCUGGACAGAUGGGCUUGUGUUGUAUUCCCUCUAAUGUCUGAUGUCACUGAAGUCCAGGGAAUGGGGCUCUUGGUGAACCUGAUGCCGGCUCGGGGAGCAGGGGCAGGCCAGGAUGCAUGUACACUGUCCUGGCCCCUCACCUAUGAGUGUGGGUGCGGCGUGCAAGGGGCAGGAAUGUGAUGCUGGCUUUUACUCCAGGCACAGGUAUUUGUGGGGGGCGGGGGUGGUGAGCCGCUUGGCAGGUUGGACCAAACCGUGGAGUUACCCCCCCCCAGCUUUUGUGAGUUCCCCCCGGUCCUGCACACCUCCACCCCGUGCCUCAGUGCUGUGCGUGUAAGCGUGUAUGUUUCUGCGAUGCCCCUGGCAUCUCCGUACUGCUAAGAGCGAGCCCUCUUCUCUCUCUGGCGGAACGUCCCCCUUAUGAGCUGUCCCGUGAUCCGUCCAGCCCUCACUCAUGCUUCUGAGUGCCUUGGUCGCCAAGCAGAGCAGCUGGGCAAGGCUAAUGGCCUGGGUGGGCCUUCGGGACAUGAGCUUAAAGCUAGAAUUCUGCUUUCUGAGGACCAGAUGGAGUGUGGAGACUUGAGUUAUGGGAAGUUAGAUUCCGCCUGCUUCUAGAUUCUUCUUGGGUGUAAAAUUAAUAUCAAGCACACAGCCAGCCAUUUUUUCUUAGACCCUCUGUGGGUCUUAAUUGCACCUCCCAUCUUAGAGAAUGGAGGGAAGGAGGAAGGGCAGCCGGGGUCUCCCCGACCCCAUAGGUGGCCCACAUGUGCCAGGGAGAAUGCUGGCGGGGAGGUCUCUCUGCUCUGAGCGUGGAUGCAGGGGCCCGCCCGUCACAGCCUAGCUGAGAACAGCAAUAAGGAUGGAGGGUGCGAGUGCCUGGGUGCCUUGAAGCUUUGCAAGGGCGGUUUCCCGCAGUGGGAGUGCCAUCCCUGCUGUGGGGAACAGCUUUUCCCUACAGAUGGGACUCCUGGCUGCAGCCUCGCUGGUGGCAAUUUGCUUGAGGGCCCAGGCCUGCAAUUCCUGGGCCGGUGCUGCCCUCUUCUGGGCUCUUCUGGGAGCUUCCAGUGCUGAGGACGUGAGUGCCGGUGUUUGACCAGCAGGGGGAGCCGGCGGGCCGAGACCAGUUUCCCACUCGGCCAGAUAAAGCCAUUUUGCGAGAGAGCUGUUACAGCCAACCCAGGAACUCUGAAAGCAAGGAAGUUGGAAAGCCCUGUUCUCAGAAAGAUGCUGUGCCGGGCUUGUGUUCCAGAAGCUGCAGGGAUUGUUUGCUGGCUGCCCCUGAGCUCAGGGACUCUCCGCCUUCUGGAGAAUUCCUCUUCUCCACGUCAGGACUCUAAGGUCAGGCAGCCAGGAGAGCACCUCCCCCAUUUGAAGAUUCCUGUGGCUUCCCCCCAUUUCUAGUAAUGGAAGUAAGCCAGAGCUCUCUGCCUGCAGGGCUGCUGCUCCUGGGGCAAAGAAACCCACACUCCAGUUCUUGAGGGCAUUAUGAACAGAGGCGGCGACACUGAAUGUAUACUGGCUCUCAGGCCUCCACACACGUGGCCCAAGUCUGGUCAGCGACCCAAGAGGACAUUGGGAUAGGGACCUCCAUCUGCCCUGCACAGGAAGGGGUGCGAUUCCUGCCUGCCCUGGGAGAGGAGGGCACCUCUCAGAGUGUGGGCUGGGAGCCUUCGAUGGUUUUGCCGAUGCCAAUCUUAAUAGAAUCCUAAACCAAUUAAUGGGUAAUUGAUGACAAUUCCACAGGGAGAGAAAUCCCCAAUCAGGAUUAGUGUCUUCUUGUGCUCUGAGCAUCUCUCAUCUCUUGCCUGGUCUUUAGUUUUCGUACAUUUUUUUCCUAAAAGAUUUGGGAUUUUUUUUUUUUUUCCCUCCACUGUGAUCCUAAGUUCUUAAAAAAAAAAAAAAAAAAAAAAACUCGAGGGAAAACAUUUAAUUUAUUAAAGGAGAGAAAGCUUUCCUUUGAAAUGUAAAGACUUUCGGGAAUAAAAGUUCCUGAAAGGGGAAACACUUCUCCCGCCAGUAAACACCUCAUUUAUUUCUUGUAUGUAAUUCGAUUUGCACAAGUACAAUUGGAGAAGCUUUUUGCAUUUUUGCUUAGAUUCGGUUUUGUCACUGCUUAUAGUUUACUUUUUGUGUGUUUUGCUGUAUGUUUGGAGAUAUUUCUUUGGUGAUAUUUAUUUUUUCUCUGAGGUGCCUUUUCACUUUUCUUUCGGAUUCGUUUUCGGAAUGUGGGGUUGGUUUUUGGAAUCUGGGUUUUGUUGAAGGAAGCUAGCAGACUCCUCCAGCUUGGAGAUAGGACAUGCCCUGGCAUCACUGCGGGCAACUCAGGCUGGGCGCUGGAAAUGCCCUCCAAGCCCCCCCCCCGGGCCAUAGUGUAGGGGCACAUACACCCCCAUGAAGCCAUGAGAACCCCCAAGAAAAGGUCUGGCUUCCUCCAGACCAGCCCAUACUUUCCCAGGCUGCUCGGCCAGGUCUUUGGGUUUGGGGACUGCUGGUUGACACGUGCCACCCCGGGAUCUUGGUGAGGUCUGGCUGCAGCAGAAAACCAGCCCUACCUGAGGGGUUGCACUGAAGGGAAGCAGGCCCUGCUGAACUCAUGGAAGCACUGGCCCCAAACCACUUCAUCUGGUUAGCAGGAUGAAGGGGAAUACGCACCCCCUUUUUUUUGUUUCUUUGGCAAACGUGGGGUUCGAUAAAAGUGACUACUCAGCUUCCCGGUAAGCUCACUUUGGGGCGCCCCAGUGCAGCUCACUGGUAGUGAAGCCACGAGUGUGACCAGGUAGACAGAAACUGUUCUGUUUAUGGGUGGAUUUGUGCUUUUUAGACCAGACCAAGGCAGGCCACCCCGUUCUCCGAGGUGGUUUACCUAGAUUGUGUAUUUAAUGGGAACAUUGCCACCCUCUCCCAUGCCCCCCGCAAUUCUUGAUUUAAAAAAAAAGGUCUGUUAACGACAGGCUCAGUUGUGUUACUCUCCCGUGCCUGGAAUGUUGUAUUUAUUGAAAAAUAUUUUCAUUUCUACACUGGCUUCAUUCUAACCCCAUCCAUCCCUAUGGGGCUGCAGAGCACCUUUGUGUGAAGAGCUGGAUGGAUGUAGAGAGAUUCAGACUUCUUUAGGAAGGUAGGAAUUUCCUAAAGCACAGGGCGGGUUCCUUUCCUUCUUGUGGGCUUCAACAAAAAAAUGGAAAACCAAGUUUUUAUAGCAAAAGGCCAAAUUAGCUGCCUAGUGUCCGAUGCAGAAAAAAAACUACCCCAGCUUUCUUAGCACUUAGGGUUUUUGUGAGGAUUCAGUUUAGCAGUGAAUUAGCAGUGUUUAGCAGUGUCUGGCAUAUAGUAAGCCCUAGUGAGUGUUAAAUAUUGUUGUUAUUCGCCUUUCAUAAAAUUCGAGAAAAAAAGAGCUGAGCUCACUUCCUAUCCUUGAUUCAAAAGUAAUACCUACGGGAGAAUACUCCCAAGUUGAUGGAAUGUUGUAGGACGUAGUGGUGGAAGAUACCUGAGUCCUGUGUCCACCCUGCUGGUUAAAAUGCACUGACUGGAAAAUAUGCCUGACUGCAGCCCCAGAUGGAACUGGGCCACAAGAAUUAGCAAACUGAACGUAAGAGAGUGACCUCUGGCCACAUGCUGUGGACCGCACCCCACUCAGCUUCUGGAUCCUUCCAGGGUUUUGCUUUGCAGAACUUGGUGAGCUGGAAAUUAAAAUGAAUUCUCUGACAGACUGUCCCCUUAAAGUUACCCAUCUUUCUCUGAAAUGCAAUGAUAGAGGCGUUUCUGUUUUUUAUUGAAGGGGAAAGGAAUGACCAAUUGAACUUAAUCGCUCCCCAGGAAGCCCCUUUUGGCGCCCCCUGCUGGCCAGGGUGGCUCCUGCACUGUCCAGUCCAAGAGGAUCAGGCUCCCAGGCUGGUUAGUUGUCACGUUUCUCUCACAUUCAAGGUUAUUCUAUGGAGGUGGCGGGGGCGUCUUCAGAGCUCCAAGAGGCUACUCGGGGCUUAAUGUUGUUUUCCCAGAUCACCUGAAUGUCAGUUCGCUUUUUUUUUUGGGGGGGGGGGUUGGUUUCAGCCUCUUGCUUCCCUAGAUAGGUUUAGAGUUUUAUCUCCUCUCCUAUCUUGGCCCUAUUCUGCAUAGAUUGCAUUUGUGGAAAAUGGAGGACUAUGUUGGAGUCUGGUGUCUUUUUCAGAUCCUUUGGAUUCUCUUCAGCUGAAUCAGCAGUCAUUUAAGAUCGGAACUUACCUUCUUCAAAGCAUCAUUUCCUCUAUUCUUCCCAGAUCUUGUGGAGCCUUCAGAUUACCCCCCAGCCCCCCACAUCCGGUGAGGCACGACAAAGGGAUGCAAGGGCAGCCGUGCGCUCGUACGUCGGGCAGGGCCCCGUCUGGGUCCGUGGGGGGCAAGGGUGGUCCUGGAGGCUCAGAGCCUUUGCGGUGCUGGAGGGCUCCCUGGGCCAGCCAGCCAGGAACCUAGCACAGGCAGCCACCUCUGGCACAGCUGAGAUGGAGCAGACGUGGGAUGCCUUUGCUCACCGGCCUGCCCGGGUAUGAACAAGAGUGGAAGUCUAUGCCAAAGGAGAUGGUGACGUCCUUUCUGCUGUAGUUGCUGUCACAGCCUUGAUGUCUGUAAGCUAAUGGCCAUUCGCGUCUGUGUCUUCAGCCAGCUCCUGGUACAACCAUUUUCUACUGUUCACUUCUGGGGUUAAGUAGUGCGGGAUUCUGCAAAUAAGGUGUUGCUGUCAAAUGUACUGUACCGGCGUAGAGAGCACUGCUUUGUUUUCCACUGUUGUAGAGAAAACUAGGGAGAACUUUAUUUUUCAAUAAACUUUUCUUGUGUGA